AUGAGCUCCUUGGAGCUCCAACAUUUUUUCGGAUGUCAAGAAGAGUCUGAUGUUCCCCAAUAUUUUUUGGAUAAUUUUGAAAUCUUAUCGAGAUCUCAAAAUGGAACAGGUUUUGUGAUUUUCGUGAUGGUUGAUGGUGUUCGGGAGAAGUUUGAGGUUUUUGAGAAGAGUGAGCGGUUUUUGGCAGAACAUUAUGUGCGGGAAAAUCGAGUUUGCGUGUUUGAAGGGAAGAGUUUGGAGAGAAAAAACACGCAUAUUGCUCUGACUGGAUGUGAUGAUAAAUAUGUGAGUUUGGAUUUUUUAAAUAAAAAAAAUAUGGGACAAAAAGGACUCUAGUUAGGGCAAAAUUCCGAUCAAACGACCUAAUGUUUGAAUUGGUCCGAGAAAAACUCAUUUUUGAAAUAAAAAUAUACAUUCAUUUAAAAAUGUUUCUUCAAAAUCAAAAAAUCAGUCUUAAUUUAAAUUUAUCACAUUUUAAUGAGUAAUUUUCAGAACGGCAUGAUAAUCACAGAAUCUGGAGAAUUCCAUCUCAUCCAAAAUCAUCAUUCAACUGGAAAACAUGUGAUUCACAAAAGAAGCAUAUCCUCGUCAAAUCAUGAAUGUGGUUUCGAUCUUUCACAAGAUCCAUAUCCUGAAGAUCGAAUAGAAUUGAAAAUGAGAAGUCAAUUAAUGACUUUAAUUGGGGAGGAAGUGAGAAGAUCUGAUAAGAAAACUGAAAAAUUGACAGUUGAGUUGGCGGUGUUUGCAGAUGAUGCAAUGUGGCAACAUUUUCGAAAAAUGUAUGGAAGUCAGGCGGAUGAAAAUAUGCAUACUUUCAUUAUGGCUGUCGUGAAUAAUGUGAGUCAAAUUUCCAGAAUUUGAAGCGUUUUUAAAAUUCUCUAGAAAAUUUAUGUAUUUUUCCAGAUAGAUGUUCUUUACACGCAGCGCUUACUGAAACCACACGUCUCCAUAAAAAUCGUCCGAUACGAAAUUUUGAAAGCGAAUCCAAGUUGGAACAUGAAACAAUCAAAUGGUGAUGUUGACAGAUUACUCGACGCCUUUUGUCAAUAUCAACACGAUAUCAAUCCACCAAAUGAUGCCGAUCCAAAACAUUGGGACCACGCUUUAUUGUUUUCCGGGUAAACAAAUAUAUUCUUCAUAAUUCAAAAAAUUACGGAAAAAAUUGCUGAUCUCGGGCGGGCUCGAACCGCCGGCCUUCUGUGUGUUAGACAGAUGUGAUAACCACUACACCACGAGAUCACAUGGGGGAGGCUGAGUUUUUUGCCAAUAUGUGUGCGUGUGGUUUUUGAUUAUAUAAAAGGUGUAAAAGGAGGACAAAGUAAUUUUUUAAAUAUGAGAAUGAUGAGAGAUAGAAAUAGGAAUGAUUAAUUUUUUCAUUGUUGUGGGAAAAUUUUGAAAAUGAUAAUUAAAAAAAAAAUUCUGUUUGAAGCUUGGAAACUGGAGAUAAAAUUUGAACAUUGUAACUUAUACUUUUUACCGUUACAAAAAAACGCUCUCUCAAUUUACGUUGUCUCUACUCAAAAAUGAUAUGAUGUUUAUUCUGUUUUUCGGACGUUUUUCUGCAAAGAACAGAAUUCGGUUGUUUUAGUACAUUUUAUCACAAAAUAACAAUUUGCAUAAGGUCAUAAGAAGUCAAACUUUUUCUCGAAAUUUUCUUUUCAAAAAAAUAGAACAAUCACAAAAAUGUUUACAGGCAUGAUCUUCAUCGAAACGGCAUAAAAACAGUGGCCGGCUACGCUCCUGUUAAAGGAAUGUGCAGUGGGGUUCGAUCUUGUACAAUCAACGAAGGUCUCGAUUUUGGCAGCGUUUUCGUAGUCACCCACGAACUUGGUCAUUCUCUCGGAAUGUAUCACGACGGAGACAACAACUGUGAUCUAAAAUGCUGUAUAAUGUCACCAUCCGUCGGAAGUGGUAAAACGCAUUGGAGUCAUUGUUCAGUGAAUGAGAUGGCAACAUUUAUAAGUCAUAUGGGAGAAGCUUCAAGACCCCCGAAUUGUUUGCAAGAUAUUGCAGAUUCUUCUCCAGUAGAGUUCAAAGACUCACAACCACCAGGACAAGUUUUCACAUUAGAUGAGCAAUGUGAAAUAUUUCAUGGUCAAUGCUGGAAACAUGAGUUAAAAGAUGGACAGACAAUGUUUGAUGUCUGCUCAAUGGUUUGGUGUGGAAAUGGUGAAGGAGUUAUUCGAACUGCUCAUCCAGCUCUAGAAGGAAGUUAUUGUGGCUAUGGCAUGAUUUGUAAGCAAGGAAAUUGUAUUAAUUCAAAUCAGAUUAUGAAAGUCACAGUUGGCGGGUGGUCAGAUUGGAAUAAUAAUCCAAGCGCAGCUUGUGGUGGCAAAUGUGCACAAUGUGAAAUUGCCGGUCAAAUCCGGGUGUCCCGUCAUAUUCGUCAAUGCAAUUAUCCAAGUCCAAAUAAUGGCGGAGCUCCGUGUCAGGGAGAUGAAGCUCGUGGUGUGCUUUGCAACAAAGAAAGUGGUAAAUGUAAAGGUGAUAGUGUUGAUCGAUAUGCCACCAAAGUUUGCACCAAACUACGUGAUGAAAAUGCGAUACCUAAUACAAUUUUAUCCGGAGAAGGUAUGCAAUUUGAACAAGCGAUGUGUAAGAUUUGGUGUCUGAUUUCUGGCUCAACAAAUAUUCGAACAGUUUCAAAUUUUCCUGAUGGAACUCCUUGUGGAAUCAAUCAAUUUUGUAUUAAAGGAGAGUGCAGAGCAUUACGAUGUGGUGGAACAACCCUUGCAUUCAGUGAAGGAGAUUGUCCACUUGCUGCAAACUCCAAAGUGAGCCCAUAUAAAAAGGACGAAAAAGAAAAAGCCUUUCUCAAUGAAUGGUCCGGUUGGUCUGAUUGGUCUGAAUGUGUCACCUACGAUUGUCACACACCAGGACUGCGUGUUCGCGUUCGUCGCUGUCUUGCUGGUAUUUGUACUGGGCAAAUGAAAGAGCGUGCAACUUGUCAUAAACCUUGUGUAAGUGGAACAGUAGUCAGCACCGCUGCACCUCCUCAACAAAUCUACCGUAAUCGAAUCGCUAAUCGGAUUGUGUUGCGACAAUGGAGUGAAUGGUCGAGCUGUAGUGUGAGCUGCGGAAGAGGCGAGAGAACAAGACGCAGAGAUAAUUGUAUAGGAAUUGGUUGGUUUUUUUUCACAUUUUUUUGGAGAUAUCUUCAAAAAAUGUAUUCAGAUUGUUCUGAAACAUCAACUUGCACUCAACUGGCAUGCCGUGAAACAGUUUUCAAUGACGCGUGGACGGCCUGGUCUUUAUGGUCCCAGUGCUCGAUUUCUUGUGGUGGCGGGAGCCAAGUUCGAAAACGCGCAUGUUUUCGUACACCGUGUCGAGGAAAUGAAAGUGAGAAUCGAAGUUGUAAUACACAGGUAAGAUUUUCGAGAGUACAUAUGUUGUAAUCAGAACAACACUUAUAUCACAAUCAGGAAAAUUAUAAUUACAAACUUGAUUCCGAAAAAAGUCUUGAAAAAUAAGAAGAGAAAUUUUUCAAAAAAUUGAAAAAAAUGCUAUCCUCAACUUCCCACAUUCCUCCGAAAUUAAAAAAAAAUUGCAGUCUUGCGGACCACCGGGACUCUGGACAGGCUGGUCUACCUGGUCAUACUGUACUUCAAAAUGCGGAACUGGUCAUAGAACCAGACGACGAAGAUGUUAUCAAGGAUCAUGUCAAGGCAGAGACGCAGAAGAAGAACAAUGUUAUGGAACACAAUGUUAG